GAAUUAUUUAGUCGGUAGCAUGUUGAUGUAAUGAUUAGCAUACACUGAUCCGUAAGAAAACGGCCAAAAUCUUUGCGAAAAUAUACGGAAAGAACGCAAAGUUUUAUGAUAAGUGAAAAAGAAACUGAAAAAUUGGGCAAGUAAGCCUGUAUCGAUUGACUGGCGGUUGAAUCCCAAAGCUCUAGGCCAUGGGGUGCUCACAGAGCCAGGAAGAUAAAACUGCUGCCGUGCGAAGUAAAAUGAUCGACAAGAACUUGAAGCAAGAUGGCGUUAAAGCUUCAAGGGAAGUAAAACUGCUGUUGUUAGGAGCUGGUGAGUCGGGGAAAAGUACAAUAGUGAAACAAAUGAAAAUUAUUCACGAAAAUGGAUUCUCCCCAGAAGAAUGCAUUCAGUUCAAGCCAGUAGUAUUUACCAAUAUCGUACAGUCGAUUCAAGCGAUAGUGAAAGCAAUGGAGCCACUUAAAAUAGAAUUUGGAGAUCCUGCACGAGAAGAAGACCAGAGAAAGUUGCCGUCCUUGGCUGGUUCUGCAGAAGAUGGAGUCUUGAGCGAAGAGCUGGUCGCCGUCGUAAAAAGGUUGUGGGCAGACGAGGGCGUGCAGGCUUGUUUUGCGCGAGCAAGGGAAUACCAACUGAAUGAUUCUGCCGGCUAUUAUUUAUCAGAAAUAGACAGAAUUAGCGCUGCAGAUUACACGCCGACGGAGCAGGAUAUUUUGAGAACACGCGUAAAGACGACUGGCAUCGUGGAAACAAACUUCGAGUACAAGAACCUGCAGUUUAAAAUGUUCGAUGUUGGAGGUCAGAGAUCGGAGAGAAAGAAGUGGAUUCACUGCUUUGAGGACGUGACAGCAAUCAUAUUUUGCGUAGCCCUGAGUGCCUAUGAUCUGGUUCUUGCUGAAGAUGAAGAAACUAACCGUAUGGUUGAAAGCAUGAAGCUGUUUGACUCCAUCUGCAACAGCAAGUGGUUCCUGAAGACGUCAAUUAUGCUGUUUUUGAACAAGAAGGACCUUUUUGCUGACAAGAUCAACACGUCACCACUGACAAUAUGCUUUCCGGAGUACACUGGAGCUAAUACCGAGCAGGAGGCUGGGGAAUUCAUCAGGAUGCAGUUCAUGAAUUUGAAAAGCCAGAAAGCUGACAAAGAGAUCUACACGCAUUUCACUUGUGCCACCGACACCGGUAACAUCCAGGUCGUUUUCGACAUGGCCACCGACAUCAUCAUUAAGGACAACUUGAGACAAGUAGGCCUGUUCUGAGAAAUUCAAUAUUUUGAUUACUGCCAAACCAUGCUUCGCUAGCUCCAAGCAGCAAGUCGUCCAGGAGUCUGACCAUCAAUGGUGAACGUUAAUCUACUUUGACCGCAGCUAUCUGCAAACGAUUCACUUAAAGAUACGUUUUCAUUGUUAAAAUUCCAACAAAAUCAUCUCACAAAGUUUAAAUUACAGACGCUUAUAAUUGAACAGUAUGAAAAUCAUAAUUAUCCUAGAGAGAAAAUUUGAUCAAUGCAUACCAGCAAGGACAAAUUUCAUCAAGCGACGUGAAGUCUUCAAGUAGAGACAAUUUUGCUGAAUUUCAUAAAAAUAUACAAGCAUUGUUUAUAAAUUAUAACGAGCAUAUUGGAGUUGAUGUUUAAUAGAAAAAGCUGGGAUAUAGAUAUAAAGAUAUUUAAUAUAGCAAAAUUUAUGUGUG